AUGACCUCCAGCGCCGAAGAGCGACAGAAGCACGGUUUGUCCGACUUUGUGGAAGCAGCGAAGACACAGCUUCUCAGUGGAGAACGGCGCAUCUACGAAUAUUUCCUUUGUAAAGUUGGAGUGGGGCACUCGGUUGUCAUGUCUGACGAAAGAGAAGCCUCGGGUGAACGGACAACGCUGCCUCCAGAAUAUGAUAGUGCAUAUCUGCAGAAUGGGGCGGCAGCUCCAACAGAGACGCUUACAGUUUUCUUUGACGAUCCUGAACAGUCCAAGGGGUCGUCCUGCAUCAGGAAGGCAGAAGCCAUCCGACAGGCAAAUAGAGGACUUUCCAUGGCCACAGCGGGCGUCCUGCCUCGACACACUUUCCGUCAGGAAUACGUCGUUUACGAUUCAUCACAGGUGGUGCCAAACUAUUUGGUGCUCUUCGAAGUGGACCCCACAGAGCCUGAGCUAUUUGCCGUACCACUCUGCGACACUUGCCAGGAUUCACCAGCUGCAAUUUGGUGCCCUGCAGACAUGGCUAAGCUGUGCGAAGCGUGCGACGAACGCCUCCAUUCCUACAACAAGCUGGUGUCAAGGCACAUCAGAGUUCCAUUGAACGAGAUGCCCAAACCAAGUGGACGCUGCAAGCAGCACACAGGGGAAGAAUAUGAGGCGUUUUGCACAUUGUGUCAUACACCUGUUUGCCGCAUGUGCCGGCCUAACCACUUUCAUGCAGAUGCGACGGGUAGGGCAACGAGUAGGAGUUCUCCAGGAGGUUGCACCUUGAUACCACUGUCACUGGCAUACUCUGGGACUUUGGAGAAAGGCCGCCAACCCCAUCUCAUACUAGAGAAGCGCAGAACGGAGCUUACACAGAAACUGGAAGCCCUUCAGAGUCUUAUCGAUGGAGCCCGCUGCAACUGCCGUUCCGUCGAACAGAGAUGUUACUCUAUAUUGGAGGAGUCGAUGAACCAGCUAAAGGGGUGCACGGAGGAUAAAAUGGGCAUCGUUUUGUCUCAGCAGUUCGAGCUGCAAAGGCAGUUGGACAUGAUCGAGUGGAGCGAGAACUUCCUGCGACUACAGCGCUCCGUCCUUCCACCUGCCGACUACUUAGCCUCAUGGCUCAGGCACUGCCGCUUGCGAGACGAGAUGGAGUCACUUGCAGGGGAUUUCUCGGACUUGUCACAGAUGGUCCUCCCAAAUAUGAGAUUGGAAGGCACGGUUGAAUUCCUUACAGAUACAGCACUGCAGCACAGAGAACUUCAUCGCCUGCGAGGAAAUAAAACCUGA